CCGGCACUCACGCUCACUUGCACCGACACGGCGGUCGGACGCUCCGUGAAGGCGCACUUUGUCUGACUUUGCCCUCUCGUUCGCGGAACUCUGACAGCUCUUUAAAACUGCGAUGACGUCUCGCAGGUGGUUCCACCCCAACAUCACUGGGAUAGAGGCUGAGCAGCUCCUCCUGACGCGGGGGGUCCACGGCAGCUUCCUGGCCCGGCCAAGCAAGAGCAACCCAGGGGACUUCACACUCUCUGUCAGGCGUAACGAUGAGGUCACCCACAUUAAGAUCCAGAAUUCGGGGGACUACUACGACCUUUACGGCGGGGAGAAGUUCGCCACGCUGGCCGAGCUGGUGCAGUACUACACCGAGCAGCACGACCUGCUGCGCGAGAGGAACGGUGACGUCAUCGAGCUCAAGUACCCCCUCAACUGCAAAGACCCCACGUCAGAGAGAUGGUACCAUGGGCACCUCUCUGGGCGUGAUGCAGAGAAGCUUCUCACAGACAAGGGCAAACCGGGCAGCUUCCUGGUGCGCGAGAGUCAGAGCAAGCCGGGCGACUUCGUACUGUCCGUCCUCACCAACGAGGAGAAGCACGAGAACGUGGACCGCAAGACCAAAGUCACACACGUCAUGAUCCGGUACCAAGAUGGCAAGUACGAUGUGGGUGGAGGAGAGAGGUUUGACACCCUGGCGGAUCUGGUGGAGCACUAUAAGAAGAACCCCAUGGUGGAGAAGAGUGGCAUCGUGGUGCACCUGAAACAGCCCUUUAAUGCAACGAGAAUAAACGCAGCAAACAUCGAGAACCGCGUGCGGGAGCUGAACAAAGUGGCCGACAACUCGGAGAAGCCCAAGCAAGGAUUCUGGGAGGAAUUUGAGAUGCUGCAGCAGCAGGAGUGCAAGCUCCUCUACCCCAGGAAGGAGGGCCAGAGGCCGGAGAACAAGAGCAAGAACCGCUACAAGAACAUCCUGCCAUUUGACACCACCCGUGUGAUCGUGAGGGAGGCUGACCCAGAGGUGUCCUGCGCGGACUACAUCAACGCCAACUACAUCCGAUGUAUGCAGGAGGACGGACGGCAUAUGGACGAGGGGAAAGUGUUCAUCGCCACUCAGGGCUGCCUGCAGAACACGGUGAUGGACUUCUGGAAGAUGGUGUACCAGGAGAACACACACGUCAUUGUAAUGACCACCAAGGAGAUGGAGCGAGGAAGGAAUAAGUGCGUACGGUACUGGCCAGACACCAACUCCACCAGGGAGUUUGGCAAAGUGAGCGUGAAGAACAUCGAGGAGCACACAGCGCAGGACUACAUCCUGAGAGAGCUGGAGGUGACUCGAACAGACAAGAGGGAACCGCCCAGGUACAUCUGGCACUUCCAGUACCUGAGCUGGCCGGACCACGGCGUGCCCAAUGAACCUGGGGGGGUUCUGAGCUUUCUGGAGCAGGUCAACCGGACCCAGGGAUCUAUUCCAGAGACUGGACCCAUUAUAGUCCACUGCAGUGCAGGGAUUGGAAGAACAGGAACCAUCAUUGUGAUCGACAUUCUCAUUGACAUCAUCAACAGACAAGGGCUGGACUGCGACAUCGACAUCCCCAAGACCAUCCAGCAGGUGCGGCAGCAGCGGUCGGGCAUGGUGCAGACGGAGGCCCAGUACAAGUUCAUCUACAUGGCCGUGCAGCAGUACAUCGACACCGCCCAGAAGAGGCUGGAGGAGGAGCAGAGGAACAAGACGAAGGAGAGGGAGUACUCUAAUAUCAAGUAUCCUCCCAUGACCAACGCCAGAGUAAAGCCCAACAUGAGUAUGACCUCCUCACGCUCCUCCUCUGUGAUGAACGAUGACUCGUCCAGUGUGUACGAGAACCUGAACAUCAAAAGCCCAAAGAGCUGUGGGAGCAGUAACACCAGGAGAUAGGUCCUCCAGGGUGCAGUCUCUCUUCUCUUUCUCUCUCUCUUCGCAGCAGAGGUACAGCUUCUCAGCGCCUGACCUUGUGUGCGUCUGGAGCAGGGCGGGGCAGGAGCCCUCCCCUCCUUCCUCCCUCCAUCCCUCUCUUUCUUCCUCUCUUUCUCUCUCUCACUCUCUCCGACCGUGGGCUGGAGUCAGCGCGGAAGCUGGAGGACGGCGGUGACUGUUUCAGCUCGGCUGUGACCCACCACCUCCACCCUCAACACGGAGGAGGGCACAGAACCACCAAGAACCACCAGAACCCCCACGCCUCAAUCACAAUCAAUUCUCUCUCUUUCCCUCCCUCUCUCUCUCUCUCUGUCCCUCCCUUCCUCCCUCUCUCUUUCUCUCUUUCACUCUCUCUUUUUGUCGGACUCUCCAUAUGACUGUACAGCACCGUGAGGCUUCACUCUUGCAAACUUAAGUGCCUCGAGCUACAGCCGAGUCUGUAUACCCCACCCAACACCGACCCCCCACUUCCCCUCCUACUGGACCUGUUACUCCGCCAUGGGGCAAAGACAUGCACUCUUGGCAUAAAGCCCCCCCCCCCCCCCUUCAAGUUGGCCACAAGGUCGCAAGGUCAGACAGAAGCUUCACCUCAUCCACACUUUGAAGGGGUCACUGUUUCCUCAACACAGCACAGUUUGUUGUUGUUGUUGUUAUUUCUUUUUCAUUGUGUUUUUGUUGUGGACGCAUAGAGCAUGUUUGAGGGUGUAACCUGGAGGGGUUUUGUGUUUUUUUUCUCCCUCUCUCUCUCUUUUGGUCUGUCUGUCUCUAGCUCUCUCCUCUACUUCUCUCUCUUUCUGUCUCUCUCUCCCCCUCUCUCUCUGUCUCUCUCUCUCUCUCCCUGCCUGGGGCUACUCUGUGCACUGGAUGUCAUCUACUGUAACCAAAGACCUUUAAUAUGCUCAACAGAGUCUCACUGGCCGUAGUCAUUAGUGCUUUGCUGAGUGACGAACGACGCGCAGUGUAGCAAUUUGCUGCAGUACACAGCAUUUGCACACAAGGACAAGUGCGUACACACAAACACAUACACAUAUACACAUACACAUACACACACACACACAAAAUUAUGCAACACCUUUUCCAGCCCUCAGCGAUAUCCCCUUAUAUGGAAAAGGACGUCAGUGUAUGUAUUUAAUCUGCCAUGUUGAUUUAGCCGUGGUGUAAUCGGCCUCACAUGAUUACAAAAGUGGUCGCGGACUCCAGAAGGAGGAGGGAGUCGGAGGUCCGGAGAGGACAAGAGAACUGAAGGACACUGGAAGGCCAUGCAAAGGACCUCUGUUUGCUCAUGAACCGUUGUGACACAUCAGGACAUCUUUUUUCUUUUUCUUUUUUUUCUUUUUUUUCCCUUUUUUUUAAUGUGCCAAUUUGCACCCUCGCACGCACUUCUUGAAGCUCCUUCUGUUUCAUGUUUUUUGGUUCUUUUUCUUUUGUCUUCUUUUCGUUUUAUUGUUUUUUUUGUGUGUGUGUGGAGCUGCUGGAAGAGCUGCUGACUCUCUCUCUCUCUCUGUUUCUUUUUCUCUGUGUGUGACUCUGCGCCUUAGGCUGCCUGUGUAAUGUUAGCUUCCUGUCACCCCUCUCACACCCCCCACAUCCCCAUCACCCCCCUCGCCACCCCACCCUGCUGGGGGCUGCAGUCGCUUUUUGGCCCUGAUGGCCUGCCGUCCGGCUGGGGGGUCUCUGGACUCCCACCCGCCUUCCGCCGCUGCACAGACCCCCACCUGCCUGAGCCUCUGCAGCCCAGCCUUCAGAGCUAGAUCCGUCACGGAGCAGUUUCUGUGUCUCUUUUUUUUUUUUGUAUUUCACAUCUGAUGAUUCCUUUUAAAGAUUUAUUUUUAAUUUUUGUGGUUUUAUUUGUGAAUGUGAUUGCGUGAUUGUACAGUAUGACAUAUAGCACAUAUGCAGGGUUAUACAGUGUAAAAAAUGCUAAAGUAUGUGUACUUUUUGAAGAUGGGGGUAUUUGUCCCAUUUGUUGAACCUAAAUACCCUUUAUCCUAAAAAAGAAAAAAAAAACAUGUUUGAUGGACACCUAUACGGGUGAUGUACAGUAAGCUACAUGAAGCUAUUCAUGAACACAGCCUCACGUUCCGUUCCGUAGGUUAAGGGUUGCAUGUGUGUCUAAACGAGAAGCCAUAAUGUCACUAGCCAGCCACCCAGGCCCAAGAUAUGCGCAUUGUGGUGUCGGGUAGCGUUCGCCCAAGUCUUUAGUGAAACAUCAGCGGGCCAGAUGGCCGCAGCUCAAGAUUAAAGAAUAGAUUUGUCUAGGGGGUGGGGGGGAAGUAAUUUGCAAGAUGGCCGUAAUCCAGACAUGCUGAUGCUAGGGCUGACUUGGCAUCAUUGCUGACGUCGCAAAGCGUGGUGGUGGUGGUGGUGGUGGUGGUGGUGGUGGUGGUGGUGGGGGGUGCAGUGUGAUUGUUUGUCCCGCCAUCCACCGGUGAUUGAGGCCUGGUGACGUACUGUAGGGUCGCUGUGCUCUGCGGGCUUUAAAUAGACGGCUCAGUUUAAUACGCGCUCCACACUCGAACCGGCCUUUCUGUUCCAGCGUAUGACAUAAAUCAGUGAUCACUCGGACUGCAUCAGAGGUGUGUAUGUUUGUGUGUGUGUGCGUGAGUGCGUGCGUGCGUGCGUGCGUGCGUGCGUGCGUGCAUGCUUUUUGGAUUGUUUGUCCAUUCAGUCUGUUUUAUUGGAGGACAUGUACAGGCCUGGACAGGUUGCUUGGCACCUCACCUGAUGCGCACAUGCACACAUUUGAAUUGUUUGUAUCCAUCGUAAUUUGGACACAAGGAAGCUUAAACCCCAGACGCUUGAAAACCUUUACACUGGAUAUGUCUAUUAAUAAUGGCUGCCCAAUUGUGAAAAUAGUUUCAUUAGAUGGUCCAUCAACUUAGCCACCAUGUGUCCCCUCUUGCACACCACUAAACUCAACAAACGUGUAUUUAUUUGAUCUUAUUGUUUAGUGCUUGAAAGGCUGUUUGUAAUUGAAACCUGUUUUGUUUGACAAAUUUUCACCUUGCCUGUGUGAACAUGGGUAGGAAUCCAAUUUUAUGAUGUAGUGAACCGUAUAUAUAAACAUGAAUUUGAGUUAGACUUUGAUACUUGAAAUGUUUUUUUGAACUGCUGCAAGGUAAAAGCUGUGUGAUGUGGAUGUGAGGUGAGGAAUGUCCCUCCCUGUGGUGACAGGUGAACCAUGUCAGUCUCUUCGGUGUACAUCAGUAUUGUCCUUUUAUUUUCUUUAGAGGUUUUUUGUAAGUGUUUAAAAAAGACUUGUCCCCCACUGAUAUUUUUGUAUGAUAUGAUUUUAUGAUGAUCAAAUUAUUGUUAUUAUUAUUAUUAUUAUUAUGAGGUAUUAUUAUUAUUACUAUUAUUAUUAUUAUUAUUAUUAUUAUUGGGCAAAAUAAACUAAACUAAGCUUAAAUUUUAUCAAAUUUAAUUUCUACUUUUUCUCUUUUAAUUUACUUGAAUAUGUUAUGUUUUUUUUAUCCUUGUUUGGUUUGUUUGUUUGUUUGUUUGUUUGUUGCAAUAUGCCUGAUCUGAAAUGUGCUGUGCUGACUGUCCUUGUGUUGGAUGAAGACUGUUCCCUCCUGUUUGCACUGCAUCAACCUAAAACGCCUUCUGUCCUGGUUAACACAGUGAUGCAAAUUAUUGUCUUCAUUGACAAAGAGUUCAGCAUUGAAUAGUCAAUAAAAAAAUAUCAUGAAAUACAAGAA